AUGGAGUUCUACCCCAUCGAGGGUGGAGGGCUCAGGGUGAUCAAGCCGAUUCGCUACAUCCUCUCGGUUCGGAGCCAGAAUAUUUUCGAUUCCCUCAAGCCCUUCGUCGAGCAGCGUCUGGGCCAGUUCCGUGACCAGAAGGUCGCGGAGACCGAUCUUGUUCGGAACUUUGACCUGCUGAAACCAUAUGUGGUUGGUCAUCUUGGUGAUGAUCCCGCCGCGGUGGUGGAACACAGGGGUGGACCCGUUGAAUCCACUUCGGACCCAGAGCCGGAGCCCACUCCGGAGAAAGAAAUGACACGUAAAAAGCUCGAGCUGGAUGAUGCGAGCCGUGCAAGUUCGAGCAGUGUUGGGACUGGCACAGUGGGUGUGGUGAAGGACCGCCAGCCACUGCUGCCUCCCGGGUCCUACUUGAAGAUGGAUGCCUCUGAGGAUUUCGACGAGCUUUUGGGGCAAGAGGCACUUGUCCUUGGAGAUGAUAUGCGAGCUGCACAGUGGCAGCUUCGUGCCAGUUCCCGCCAGGAGAAAGCCGUGGCUGUUCUGAAGCGUGCUGCGAAGAAGACACAUGCAGUGGCAGCGCACGAGUCCAAGAAGGCCCUGAAGGCGGUGGUCGAUCAUCCAGAUGAGGCGCAAGGCGCCACCGAACACCAGUGUGAUGAGGAUGUGGCUAUGCAGGACUCUGAAGUGGCUCAGGGGGAUGAGUGUGAAAAGGCUGAAGGGGAUGUUGCGAUGGAGUCUGAAAAGGCUCCGGGGGAUGUGGCACUGGAGUGUGAAAAGGCUCAGGGGGAUGUGGCACUGGAGUGUGAAAAGGCUCAGGGGGAUGUGGCGCUGGAGUGUGAAAAGGCUCAGAGCGAUGUGGCGCUGGAGUUUGAAAAGGCUCAGGGGGAUGUGGCGCUGGAGUGUGAAAAGGCUCAGGGGGAUGUGGCGCUGGAGUGUGAAAAGGCUCAGGGGGAUGUGGCGCUGGAGUGUGAAAAGGCUCAGGGGGAUGUGGCGCUGGAGUGUGCAAAGCCAUUGCCGCAAGGUGUCCUGUCCAGGCUUGUUCAACACUACACGGUUCGCAGGCCAGCAAAUCCCGAUGAGAUUCAUAGCCAAGUCCUGCUACGAAGUGUUUCUGAGUUGGAAGAAGCGGAUCUGCAGGAGAGACCGGCUCACAUGGAUGUGCCUGUGCCUGACACUCCCCUGAAAAGUCCUGUGGGCUCGUUGGCAGAUGAUGCAAGCACCCCCGGCACAGUCAAGAACUACCGGAACACAUCGUCCUACAAGCUUGCUAAGUCCCCGAUACCAUUCCCACUCGAAGGUCCAGGGGAUGUGCACAUGGAUGAGGGUGAUGAGGCUACAGCUUCAGGAUCCAAUGAGCUGGUUCUUCGCAAGGAGCUGUUCCCUGACAUGCCUUCUGGUUCAGAUGAGCCUAUGAUGGCGCCUCUGGUGAUGCCUUUGCCUGAGGAUCUUCAUGACAACCCGUAUAGCCGAGAGGCUGGUUUGAUUCCGAAGCGUGAGAAGGAGAGCAGUGUUAGCAUCCCGACCCCGCAGAAGCCCGACACCAAAAAGGCCAGGUUGCAGGAGCAGGCGAAGAUCCGAUUCGAGAUGGCCGAAGAUAUUUGGUCUACGGUUGUGUACCCAUUGCGAGAUUCUGUUCCCGAUGCCAUGCCCCGGAACCUCAUUUUCAAUGGCAAGUUGAGCUACUCAGUUGCUGUGCCGGAUGAUUUGCCGAGUCUUGCGGAGUUGUGGACUCCCGACGAGCUGACCGAGUUCGAGGAACCCCCGGUUCGCAAGUCGAUCAUGGUAAUCUUAAAUGCUCGGACGUUCUAUGUCAACAAGAGCUACUUCCAUGAAGAGUUUGGGAUCAAGGCUUCUUUGACAGCAAGCAGUGAGCAAUAA